AUGGCUGACGGCAACGUGAUGCCCCCUAAGCCCUCUGUGGUGCUGGAAGCCCACGAGGUCGAUACUUUCCAUGUCCCCAAGGCUUUCUACGAGAAGCACCCAACUGGCACUCACUUGAAAGACCUGGAUGAAUAUAAGAAGCUCUAUGACGAAUCAAUUCGCAGUCCUCAAACCUUCUGGGCCCGCAUGGCCCGUGAACUCCUUUCCUUCGACAAAGACUUUCAAACUACCCACACUGGUUCUCUGGAGAACGGCGACAGUGCCUGGUUCGUGGAAGGCCGCUUAAAUGCUGCCUACAACUGCGUGGACCGUCAUGCUCUCAAGAACCCCGACAAGGUUGCGAUCAUUUACGAGGCUGAUGAGCCGAAUGAGGGCCGUACUAUUACCUACGGGGAGCUGCUUCGUGAAGUAUCUCGAGUUGCCUGGGUGCUUAAACAGCAAGGUGUCAAGAAAGGUGAUACUGUAGCUAUCUAUCUUCCUAUGAUUCCGGAGGCCGUUGUAGCCUUCUUGGCCUGUUCCCGCAUUGGUGCCAUCCACUCCGUGGUGUUUGCAGGAUUCUCGUCAGACUCGCUCCGUGACCGUGUUAUCGACGCCGGAUCUAAAGUGGUCAUCACCACCGACGAGGGCAAGCGUGGCGGCAAGGUGAUUGGCACCAAGCGUAUUGUUGACGAGGCUUUGAAGCAGUGCCCCGACGUUACAAGCGUGUUGGUCUACAAGCGCACCGGUACUGAGGUCCCCUGGACCCAAGGUCGUGAUGUCUGGUGGCACGAGGAGGUGGAGAAGUACCCCAAUUACUUCCCUCCCGAGUCCGUGAGCUCCGAAGACCCCCUGUUCCUGCUUUACACUUCUGGUUCGACAGGAAAGCCCAAGGGUGUUAUGCACACCACCGCUGGAUAUCUCCUGGGUGCCGCUAUGACCGGCAAGUAUGUCUUUGAUAUCCACGACGACGAUCGCUUUUUCUGUGGUGGUGACGUCGGUUGGAUCACUGGUCAUACCUAUGUUGUGUAUGCUCCUUUGCUCCUGGGAUGCUCCACCGUCGUCUUUGAGAGUACCCCAGCGUACCCCAACUUUUCUCGCUACUGGGAUGUUAUUGAGAAACACCAGGUGACUCAGUUCUACGUCGCUCCUACAGCAUUGCGGUUGUUGAAGCGCGCUGGAGACGAGCACAUUCACCACAAGAUGGCUCACCUGCGUAUCCUGGGCUCCGUCGGUGAGCCUAUCGCUGCAGAGGUUUGGAAGUGGUAUUUCGAGAAGGUCGGAAAGGAAGAGGCACACAUUUGCGAUACCUACUGGCAGACCGAAACUGGUUCGAACGUCAUCACACCUUUGGGUGGAAUUACCCCUACGAAACCCGGUAGUGCCUCGUUGCCGUUCUUCGGUAUUGAGCCUGCCAUCAUUGACCCUGUCUCCGGAGAGGAAAUCUCGGGCAAUGACGUGGAAGGUGUGCUUGCCUUCAAGCAGCCCUGGCCUAGCAUGGCCCGCACUGUGUGGGGUGCCCACAAGCGUUACAUGGAUACCUAUCUGAAUGUUUAUAAGGGCUACUACUUCACUGGAGAUGGAGCAGGACGUGACCACGACGGAUACUACUGGAUCCGCGGCCGUGUUGACGACGUAGUUAACGUAUCCGGUCACCGGCUGUCCACCGCUGAGAUUGAAGCUGCCCUGCUUGAACACCAUAUGGUUGCUGAAGCUGCCGUGGUCGGUAUUGCUGACGAACUCACUGGCCAAGCGGUCAAUGCAUUUGUGUCUCUGAAGGAGGGCAAUGAGACAAAUGAGCAGGUCCGUAAAGACCUUGUCAUGCAGGUUCGCAAGUCGAUUGGACCAUUCGCCGCUCCCAAGGCCGUCUUUGUCGUUGAUGACCUCCCUAAGACUCGCAGCGGCAAGAUCAUGCGACGUAUCCUGCGGAAGAUCCUGAGCGGUGAGGAGGACAGUCUGGGUGAUACUUCUACCCUGUCCGAUCCCUCGGUAGUCGACAAGAUCAUCGAAACCGUUCACACCGCCCGGGGCAAAUAG